AUGAGCUUCACAAAAAAUGAGAACCUGGUCGGAUGGGUCUGGGACAGCCCCGGUCGAGGCUCUCUUGGCUUAAUUACUUCAUGCCUUGUCACAAUCUUUCUAUGCACAUGGGUUGUCAUACAUCCACGAGUUUAUCAGCGUGUAUCUUACGCUAGAUUACACAAAAUCGCUCUUUUCUUCAAAGCAGUCAUUGCUCCGGAGUUCAUCGCCGUGGAGGGACUCCAGGAAUGGGCCCAGUGUCGAAGAAUGGAAAGAGAAUGUGCCAAUUCUUCGGGAGGGCAAUUCAACAUCAUCCAUGCGUUCUAUGUCAGUAUGCUUGCCCUGAGAUACCGAACGUUGAAGGGCGAUCGUGUCAUAUGGCCAAACCAAUAUACAUGGCUACUUCAGCAGCGUCUCAUCCAGUGGGACAAUCAUUCAAGCUGGGGUUUAUCACUGGAAGACAUCUGCGAUAAGAACAAAUCAGACAACGCUGCAAAACUAAUGGCCUUGAUACAAGUAUUCUCGUUCUCUGCACAGUGUAUAUUGCGCGUGUCGCUCCACCUUCCGCUUUCUCAGCUAGAAUCGAUGACUCUAGGUUAUAUUCCAUUGUUUAUCGCUACAUAUUUCUUUUGGUGGAAUAAACCAAAAGAUAUCCGAUCGCCAUCUUUCGUGCAGCUUCCGGAUAUGAGCCAAGAACAGCUGCAGAUUUUUGAAUCUAUGGCUGUGAGCAAUAAGUUCGAUAAUGAAGAAAUGGCCGAGCAGGUCUCAUACUGGAAUGUGUGUUACCUUACACCCCGCGUUUUCGAAAAAGAAGAAGAGGAUAGAGUGAUGGAGUUAGCGGGGACGAGUGCUACUGGGUACGAUGAUGUGGAAGAUCAGAGUAAAAUUCGAAGGGAUAUCGUCAUAGCACAUUGGGAUCCCGGUUUAUAUAGGUCAAAAAUCUGGCCAUUAAUCUGCCUCUUCGGUAUUUCCUUUGGCGCUUUUCACCUUACUUCUUGGGACACAGUGUUUCCAACAUAUUUUGAGCUUUGGCUCUGGCGGGCCUCUGCCUUUGUUUCGGUUGUGUCGAUGCUCAUUUUUAUGCACUUUGAGAAAGUGGUUCUCCGAUGGAGUGGCAUCUUGACGGUUAUCAGUUUGGCAUCCCCGCUCUUCUAUUUAAUCAGUCGCAUUCUGAUGAUAGGAGAGGUUUUUGCUGCGUUGAGAGGAGAGCAACCAGCAAUUUAUGAUACAGGCAAAUAUUCUAAUGAUUGGUUUUCCUUUUUGUGA